AUGAGUGAGACUAACUCUAAGGAGCGUGAGACAAGGGCGCAGUUUGUGGAUCCGCCAGCGACUAGGCUUGGCGGCGAUACUACCAAAGUAAUUCGAAGUGCGUUGAAGAAGCGAAAUGGCAGAGUGCCGGAGAGAAGAUAUUCCGAUGAGACGCAAAACAUCACACCUGUGGUAUCGUCGCCGCUGCUGACAUCAACGCCACCAACUAUCUCUAAAGCUAUGGUGAAUCUGUAUCCGAAUUUGAUUGUGGCAGAUAGAUUUCUCUCGGUGGUUACUUGGACUGGAGAGGACGUCUGGCCAAGUAUCCUAACGGUGAUGAUAUACACGAUGAUUGUAUCGUACUUUGAAAAUAUUGCCAGGUAUUUUGGACAUUUGGUAGUGGUGGCGAUACUCUGGGGCUAUUCUCUGCUGGACAAGCAUGUUGAGGAAACCCUCAGUUCACAGCCAACGCUGGACGACAUUGUACACACCAUGAAUAGAGUUAUCACGAAGGCGGAUAUGCUAUUAUCGCCUGUAACUAUUUUGAGUGCCCAAGAUAUCAAGAAGCUCCUCUUCACAACCGCUUUCCUCUCUCCGAUCUAUGUGUUGAUAACGCUGUUCAUAAUGCCACCGCGCAAAGUGCUACUGGUGGGUGGAAUUUACCUCUUAACAUAUCAUUCGCCGUGGUCGAUCAUCGCCAGGCGGCUGCUGUGGAGGUUUAAAAUGGUCAGACUGCUAGUCUUUUAUGUCACUGGGCUUGAUCUCGGCGGAGUCAACAAGGACCAGGGCAUCUUUGCCGCUGUGCAAAAGCAGGUCAAGAAAUUGUCUAGUUUGAACGACGGUUCUACCGCUAACGAUGGCAAGCCAAUAAAAUUUACUUAUGUUCUUUACGAGAAUCAGCGCCGCUGGUUGGGAAUCGGCUGGACUUCAAGCAUGUUAAGCUACGAAAGGGCUGCCUGGACGGACGAGUUUUUGAAUGAAGCGCCUUCGCCGGAGAACUUCCAGUUGCCUGAAGAGAACUCUGGCAUGAUGUGGAAAUGGGUUGACAAGACGUGGAGGCUGGACAUGACCAACGACGGAGCCAUCCAGCUCUCAAGCACAAGACCAAAGACCACGGCGUCACCAAAUGCAGACGAUGGUUUCAUCUACUACGAUAAUACGUGGAAGAAACCCUCGACGGAGGAUUCCUUUUCCAAAUACACAAGAAGAAGGAGGUGGAUAAGGACGGCAGAGCUAAUGAGAACGGGUGAUUCAGAUUUAAUAGAACCCGAAAUACCGCUAGAGACAGGCAAGACGUCCGAUUUCUCAUUGCAUGCAAAUGAAACUUCUCAAAAAUUCAUCCCAAGCAAUAAGCGCAGGAAAGACUCUACUAAGGUUUCCCAUCAGGAUGGAAACGAUCUCGAUAUCCGAAGAAGAGUUUCCUUCAGCGAUGUUGAUAACGUUCACAUAAUCCCACCAGAUGAGGAGCUGGAUGAACCCUCAACCGAAUCCGCGAAGGAGAACCGCGAUGAGAGUCCCGCCUCCAAUGGUGCCCACGAUAAGAAGCUCAUUUAA